AAAAUCAGGAAAGGUGUGUAUACGUCAGGAUCCAGGUGAUAUAUAAGUUUCGAGUCAGCAGUGAAAUCAGAAAGAUGAAGAUGUUCUGGACACCAAGUUUGGUCUUUGUGAUCACUCUCCUUACCAAAGGGUGUGACUGCCAGCUUUUGGCGUGUGGCAGCGCUCCUCUCAACACAAAAAUUGUGGGGGGCACAAAUGCUUCUGCCGGCGCUUGGCCAUGGCAGGUCAGCCUUCACCAGGGUGGGAGUCAUUUCUGUGGCGGAUCACUCAUCAACAGCGAAUGGGUUCUGUCAGCAGCUCACUGCUUUCCAAGCAGUCCCGAUCCUACGGUCUAUACUGUGUACCUGGGUCGACAGAGUCAAGAACUACCCAAUCCAAAUGAGGUGUCUAGAAAUGUCUCUCAAGUCAUAGUUCAUCCAGAAUACAACAACCUCCCCCAUGACAAUGACAUGGCUCUGCUGCGUCUCUCAUCACCUGUGACCUUCACUAGUUACAUCCAACCAGUUUGUCUGGCAGCAGAGGGAAGCACAUUCAACAGUGACACAAUGUGGGUCACAGGUUGGGGAGACAUUAAUUCCUUCGUAUCCCUUCCUGCACCUCAAAUCCUACAGGAGGUGGAUGUGCCCAUGGUUGGAAACACAAAGUGUAACUGCCUCUAUGGAGGAUCAAUCACAGACAACAUGAUGUGCGCUGGACCGCUGGAAGGUGGAAGAGAUUCCUGUCAGGGUGACUCUGGAGGUCCAAUGGUCAUCAAACAGGGCUCUAGAUGGAUCCAGGCUGGCGUUGUGAGUUUCGGUCAGGGUUGUGCUGAGCCUAAUUAUCCUGGUGUGUACUCCAGAGUGUCUAACUACCAGAACUGGAUCACUCAGCAUGUCGGCAUGAAUAAUGCGGGUUUCAUCCAUUUUACCUCCACUGCUCCUGUUCUGGAUGAGACCUGUCCUACUACACCGCCAUUGUGUGGAGGUUCUGCAGGUUCGUGGCCAUGGAUGGCUAGUGUAAAUUAUAACAAUUUUCCAAUGUGUGUAGGAACCUUGGUCUCUGACCUAUUUGUCAUGACCUCUGCGAGCUGCUUUGCCAGAUUCAUGAGUACGGAUGGAUGGACAGUCGUCCUUGAUGUUGUCCAAUGGGGCUGCUUCAGCAUGCCAGUUGCAGCUGAUGUGGAAAAAGUCUUUUUUGAUGAUGUUUUAGGCAAUGGUGUAGCACUUGUGCAACUGUCUCAUCCAUUCUCUAACGUUGCCAAUCUACCGGUUGACAUGUAUUAUCCAAGCUUUGGUCCUGGUGUUGAGUGUUCAGUAAUUGGUUGGAACGCAGCAGGCUCAACAUAUCCAUCUUUUCAAGAAUUCCGGACCACCAUUGUAAACUGCGAUCCUUCACACACCACACAGACCAACAUCUGCACACAACCUCUGGAUGUUCAGCAGGAUGACAAUGGCAGUCCUCUGGUGUGUACAAUGGGCGGCAUGCAGAUUCAGACUGGUAUUUUGUCCAUUCCCCCUGGCAGUGAGAACAACCCAUACUCCAACAGUACAGUCUUCAUCCAGACCUCUCCCUUCACCUACUUCGUGACUAACACUAUCCAGAGCGUCCCAUCUAUUGUGGAUGGGGCGGAGUCAUUCUCGCCCCUCUCUCUCACCUACAUCCUUCUGCUCUCUCUCCCAGCAAUCCUCCAGGCCUUUUGGUGUGACUGCCAGCCUUCGGCAUGUGGCAGAGCGCCUGUCAGCACAAAAAUUGUGGGGGGCACAAACGCUUCUGCCGGCGCUUGGCCAUGGCAGGUCAGCCUUCACGAGGGUGGGAGUCAUUUCUGUGGCGGAUCACUCAUCAACAGUGAAUGGGUUCUGUCAGCAGCUCAUUGCUUUCCAAGCAAUCCUGAUCCUACGGUCUAUACUGUGUAUCUGGGUCGACAGAGUCAAGAACUACCCAAUCCAAAUGAGGUGUCUAGAAAUGUCUCUCAAGUCAUAGUUCAUCCAGAAUACAAACCUCCCCAUGACAAUGACAUGGCUCUGCUGCGUCUCUCAUCACCUGUGGCCUUCAGUAAUUACAUCCAACCAGUUUGUCUGGCAGCAAAUGGAAGCACAUUCAACAAUGACACGAUGUGGGUCACGGGUUGGGGAGACAUUUUUUCAGGCGUAUCACUUCCUUCACCUAAGGUCCUACAGGAGGUGGAUGUGCCUGUGGUUGGAAACACUAAGUGUAACUGCUUCUAUAAAGGAUCAAUAACAGGCAACAUGAUGUGCGCUGGAACGUUGGAAGGUGGAAAAGAUUCCUGUCAGGGUGACUCUGGAGGUCCAAUGGUCAUCAAACAGGGCUCUAGAUGGAUCCAGGCUGGCGUCGUGAGUUUCGGUCAGGGUUGUGCUGAGCCUAAUUAUCCUGGUGUGUACUCCAGAGUGUCUAACUACCAGAAUUGGAUCACUCAGCAUGUCGGCAUGAAUAAUGUGGGUUUCAUCCCUUUUAACUCCACUGCUCCUGUUCUGGAUGAGACCUGUCCUACUACACUGUGUGGAGGUUCUGCAGGUUUAUGGCCGUGGAUGGCUAGUGUAAAUUAUAACAAUGUUACAAUGUGUGUAGGAACUUUGGUCUCUGACCUACUCGUCAUAACCUCUGCGAGCUGCAUUGCCAGAUUCAUGGGUACGAAAGGAUGGUCCGUUACUCUCUAUGUUGUCAAAAGCGGCUGCUCCAGAGUGACAGCUAAUGUGACAAAAGUCUUUACUGACAAUGGUGUAGCACUCCUGCAACUGUCUUAUCAAUUUUAUUACAAUGCCAAACUAGAGCUUAACCUAUUUUAUUCAGCCUUUGGCCCUGGUACUCAGUGUUCAGUAAUAGGUUGGAACGCUGCAGAUUUUACAACUAAUCUACAUUUUCAGGAAUUCCAGACCACCAUUGUAAACUGUGAUCCUUCAGACAGCACAGGGAUCAACAUCUGCACACAAUUUUUGGAUGUUCAGCAGGAUGAUGACGGAAGUCCUCUGGUAUGUAGAAUGGGUGACAUGUGGGUUCAGACUGGUAUUUUGUCCAUUCCCCCUGGCAGUGAGAACAACACAUACUCCAACAGCACAGUCUUCAUCCAGACCUCUCCCUUCAUCUACUUUGUGAUGAACACUAUCGACACCGUCCCAACUCUUCUAGCUGGGACGGAGUCAUUCUCGCCCCUCUCUCUCACCUACAUCCUUCUGCUCUCUCUCCCAGCAAUCCUCCAGGCCUGUUACUGAAGAGGCCAUCUGUCACUUCAUCACUGAAUUAACUAACAUAUGCAGUGCAUUGUAUAGGGUAUUACAGGCUAUUUGCUCUUGCUUUAAAAAUAUAGCUAUAUAAAUCUUUAAUUUGAAUAAAAUAAAGUAAUUAAGGUGAACUCUUAAAACUUUGAAUAUUCCAAAUAAAACAAAGUACAUAAAAAAAAAGUUUUGUUUCUUAGUUUUCGUAACUCACACCAGUAAAUAAACUCCAGAGUGUAUUAUUUCUCUAUUUCUGUUUAUUGUCCUGAAUUAUCACUUUCUGAGCCAUAGGUAAACUCAGGAUUUUCCUAAGGGUUUUUUUCAUAUUGUUAGUAAUAUUUCAAGAUACUUAAUACGUACAGUACUAAAGCAACAGUUUGCUUUUAUCCAUGCAUCAAUUUUUUCGAAAUCAUUUGAUUUCUUAAAUAAUUAAUUUUAGUUCAUAAUUUCAGUUAAUUUUAGUUUUUAUUGUGGGGAUUAAUUUUUUUCCACAAUAAAAACUACAGAGCUUUGAUCAUAAAGCUAUAGCAUUUUACUAACACAUAGGUAAGAUAGAGAUGGACAACUCAUGUUUAUAUGCAUCUUGUGAGAGUUGUAAGGAUGCUUUAUCUACAUUACAAGAUGUCAGAAUUUCAUUCUGUGUUUUGACUAUAUAAAUAUAAGCAGCUGCACCAAUUAGCAUAUUUUUACUCAGUUUGGGAGUUAAUAAAACUUUGUGUUUUGUUCCUCAUCUCCAAAGACACUCAAAAGAAAACAAACAAACAAUGUAAACACCCCUUACUGAAAGUUUAUAUGCUGGCAAGUCUUGUAGAGAGUCAUAAGACAAGCUGAUUUAGCACACUGUCAGAAAAAAAAAAAAUGCAAAAAUUGUAUAUUUAUGGGCUCAACAGCUUGUCACUUGGGCAGUACGCUUCUUCUCCCCCAAAAGAUGUAUAUUAGUACUUUACAAUAUAUGUACCCUUAAGGUGUUGCUACUAACCUUUAAGUGGUAAAUUAAGUACAGAGAGGCCCCUUUAAGUGUACUGUGUGAAAGACAAGCUGUUGUACCCUUAAAAAAUGCAUUUUUUUUCUAACAGUGCAUGACAGAAUGACUAACUGAAUUUUUUUUUUUUUUU